AUGUCAGAUCAGCGCACACCGGUUGGACCUCACCAGGCAAUAGACUGGGAGAGCGGACCGGCUGCACCACAGAGCGCUGAUAGAAAGCCGAACAUCGUGCUUAUUGUUGCUGAUGAUCUUGGCUGGAACGACCUGACCUUUAAUGGCGGUGGCGUGGCCGGCGGUACAGUCCCGACACCGAGCAUUGACGCCAUAGCCCAGGCAGGCAUCAAUUUUUUGAGCAGCUACGCAGGUCAGGGAACCUGUGCACCAUCGCGUGCCAUGAUGAUGACCGGCCGAUAUGGCUCGCGCUUUGGGUUUGAAUUCACGCCGACACCGCCAGGCAUGUCAACCGCGCUGGGUAUGAUGAGCAGCAACAUGGGACUGCAGCCUGUGCGUACCCCAGAGCCCCGUACUAUCCCCUUCGAACAGAUGGGACUGCCAGCCAGUGAAAUCACUAUUGCCGAAUUGUUGAAAGAGCAGGGCUACUACACUGCGCACAUUGGUAAAUGGCAUCUGGGUCGGGAAAACGGCAGUGCAGCUCACGACCAGGGGUUUGAUCAGAGUCUGCUGAUGCAUUCCGGUUUGUAUGCAGAAGAAGACAACCCCGAUGUGAUCAACGCCAGGCUCCCGUACGACCCGAUUGACCGGUUUUUGUGGGCAGGUAUGAAAUAUGCUGCAAGUUACAAUGGCAGUGCGGCGUUUGAACCCGGUGGGUAUCUCACAGAUUACUACACUGACGAAGCGGUUAAGGUGAUCGAGAAUAACCGUCAUCGCCCAUUUUUCCUUUACCUUGCCCACUGGGCACCGCAUACACCACUGCAGGCGGCUAAACAGGAUUACGACGCGCUUUCCCACAUCGAAGAUCACACUGAACGGGUUUAUGCGGGCAUGAUCCGGGGCCUGGAUCGUGGCGUCGGACGGGUUUUGCAGGCUUUGGAAGACAAUGGCCUGGAUGAAAACACCAUUGUUAUUUUCACCUCGGAUAACGGCGGUGCGGGUUAUGUCGGCAUUGCGGACCUGAACAAACCUUUCAGGGGUUGGAAAAUUACUAAUUUUGAGGGCGGUAUCCGCGUCCCCUUCUUUGUCAAAUGGCCGGCAAACAUUCCUGCGGGACAAACCUCUGAGUCACCAGUUCACCAUUUUGAUAUUUUUGCCACCGCGGCUGAUGCUGCGGGUGCGCAGAUCGAUCAUGACAUCGAUGGCGUCAGCCUGCUGCCGUAUGCCCGGGGCAACAACAAUUUGGCUAAACCGCACAAGACUCUGUUCUGGCGCGCCGGCAGCUAUCGAACCGUGCGCCAUCAUGACUGGAAGCUGGCGGUUGAUCCGCUGAUGGGCAAAACCUGGUUGUUUGAUCUGGCGCGUGAUCCGGGAGAAACCACCAAUAUUGCUGAGCAGCAUCCUGGUCAGGUUGAGGAGAUGAUGGCCUUGCUGGCGCAACACAAUGCCGAGAUGGUGCCACCCCUGUGGGAUUCAGUCGCGGCAAUGCCAGUUAACGUGGACAAACAUCUGCGGCAGGAACGUGAUCCGCAAACGGCCAAACAAAGCAUCCAGCAGGCUGUGCAGGAACAGUUCUGCGGCACAGAGCAUGAUGGCAGCUUCCAUUCGGCGUCUGUAAUCGCCUUCGUCGAGAUGGGGAAGCGCCUCACGCAGCAAUCGGCCCAUCUGUUGACCACUUACCCCACCCCCACCAGUGUUGGAGACUGCCUUCAAUGGAGAAGUUUCGAUCAGCGCCAGUUCGUGACCAAACGCUUUGAUGUAGCGACGAAAAUCGACGUUGCUGCGUGCCAGCUGGAAGGUGGGUUCAACCAUGAGACCGCAGAGUUGCUGCAGUGA